CCGCGAGCCGCCCCGAUGUGGCAGGAGGCGAUGCGGCGCCGCCGCUACCUGCGGGACCGUGCCGAAGCGGCGGCGGCGGCGGCGGCGGGCGGCAGCGGCGGCGGCGACGGGCUGCAGCGGUCCCGGGACUGGCUGUACGAGUCCUACUACUGCAUGAGCCAGCAGCACCCGCUCAUCGUCUUCCUGCUGCUCAUCGUCAUGGGCGCCUGCCUCGCCCUGCUCGCCGUCUUCUUCGCGCUCCGGCUGGAAGUUGAAGACCAUGUGGCAUUUUUAAUAACAGUUCCAACUGCCCUGGCAAUUUUCUUUGCGAUAUUCAUCCUCGUCUGCAUCGAGUCAGUGUUUAAGAAGCUGCUCCGGCUUUUCUCGUUGGUGAUAUGGAUUUGUCUUGUGGCCAUGGGGUACUUGUUCAUGUGUUUCGGAGGCACCGUCUCUCCCUGGGACCAGGUGUCAUUCUUCCUCUUUAUCAUCUUCGUGGUGUACACCAUGCUGCCCUUCAACAUGCGAGAUGCCAUCAUUGCCAGCGUCCUCACCUCCUCUUCCCACACCAUCGUGCUGAGCGUCUGCCUGUCUGCAGCACCGGGGGCCAAGGAGCACCUAGUCUGGCAGAUCCUGGCCAAUGUGAUCAUUUUCAUCUGUGGAAACCUGGCGGGGGCAUACCACAAGCACCUCAUGGAGCUUGCUCUGCAGCAGACAUAUCAGGACACGUGCAACUGCAUCAAGUCCCGGAUCAAGUUGGAAUUUGAAAAACGUCAGCAGGAGCGGCUUCUGCUGUCCCUGCUCCCAGCGCACAUCGCCAUGGAAAUGAAAGCGGAGAUCAUCCAGCGGCUGCAGGGCCCCAAGGCCGGCCAGAUGGAGAACACCAACAACUUCCACAACCUGUACGUCAAGCGCCACACCAACGUCAGCAUCCUCUACGCGGACAUUGUUGGGUUCACCCGGCUGGCCAGUGACUGCUCCCCGGGAGAACUAGUCCACAUGCUGAAUGAACUCUUUGGAAAAUUCGAUCAAAUUGCAAAGGAGAAUGAAUGCAUGAGAAUCAAGAUUUUAGGAGACUGCUACUACUGUGUGUCCGGACUCCCUAUCUCUCUCCCUAACCACGCCAAGAACUGUGUGAAAAUGGGACUGGACAUGUGCGAAGCCAUAAAGAAAGUGAGGGACGCCACCGGAGUUGACAUCAACAUGCGUGUGGGCGUGCAUUCCGGGAAUGUCCUCUGCGGCGUGAUCGGUCUGCAGAAGUGGCAGUACGACGUGUGGUCCCACGACGUCACCCUGGCCAAUCACAUGGAGGCCGGAGGGGUCCCUGGACGUGUUCACAUUUCUUCGGUCACCCUGGAACACUUGAAUGGGGCUUAUAAAGUGGAGGAAGGAGAUGGCGACAUCAGGGACCCAUAUUUAAAGCAGCACCUGGUGAAAACCUACUUUGUAAUCAACCCCAAGGGAGAACGACGGAGUCCCCAGCACCUCUUCAGGCCUCGGCACACCCUCGACGGAGCCAAGAUGCGGGCCUCCGUGCGCAUGACCCGGUACCUGGAGUCCUGGGGGGCGGCCAAGCCCUUUGCACACCUGCAUCACAGAGACAGCAUGACCACGGAGAACGGCAAGAUCAGCACCACGGAUGUACCAAUGGGUCAGCAUAAUUUUCAAAACCGCACUUUAAGAACCAAGUCACAAAAGAAAAGAUUUGAAGAGGAAUUAAAUGAAAGGAUGAUUCAAGCAAUUGAUGGAAUUAAUGCACAAAAGCAAUGGCUCAAGUCCGAAGACAUUCAGAGAAUCUCGUUACUUUUCUACAAUAAAAUACUAGAGAAAGAAUACCGAGCCACGGCACUGCCAGCGUUCAAGUAUUACGUGACCUGCGCCUGCCUCAUCUUCUUCUGCAUCUUCAUCGUGCAGAUCCUGGUGUUACCCAAAACGUCCAUUCUUGGGAUCUCCUUCGGAGCUGCGUUCCUCUCGCUUGCCUUUAUCCUUUUCGUCUGCUUUGCGGGACAGCUUUUGCAAUGCAGCAAGAAAGCCUCUGCCUCCCUCCUGUGGCUGCUGAAGUCGUCCAGCAUCAUCGCCAGCCGCCCCUGGCCGCGGAUCUCCCUGACGGUCAUCACCACGGCCAUCAUCCUGACCAUGGCUGUGUUCAACAUGUUUUUCCUGAGUGAUUCGGAGUCAGAGGAAACGACUCUUCCAAUGGCCAACGCGUCAAACACAAGUCUUUCUGCUUUAAAUAAUCAGGCAGCGACUCUGCGUGCACAAAAUUUGUUUUUCCUGCCGUACUUUAUAUACAGCUGCAUCCUGGGGUUGAUCUCCUGUUCGGUUUUCCUGCGCGUGAACUACGAGCUGAAGAUGCUGAUCAUGAUGGUGGCGCUGGUGGGCUACAACACCAUCUUCCUGCACACUCACGCCCACCUCCUGGACGACUACAGCCAGGUCCUGUUUGAGAGACCAGGCAUUUGGAAAGACCUUAAGACCAUGGGAUCAGUGUCUCUCUUUAUAUUUUUCAUCACACUGCUUGUUCUGGGUAGACAGAAUGAAUAUUACUGUAGGUUAGACUUCUUAUGGAAGAACAAGUUCAAAAAAGAGCGGGAGGAGAUAGAAACCAUGGAGAACUUGAACCGCGUGCUGCUGGAGAAUGUGCUCCCUGCGCACGUGGCUGAGCACUUCCUGGCCCGGAGCCUGAAGAAUGAGGAGUUAUACCACCAGUCCUACGACUGCGUCUGCGUCAUGUUCGCCUCUAUUCCGGAUUUCAAAGAGUUCUAUACGGAGUCAGACGUGAACAAGGAGGGCUUGGAAUGUCUCCGGCUCCUCAACGAGAUCAUCGCUGACUUUGAUGAUCUGCUGUCCAAGCCGAAGUUCAGCGGAGUUGAGAAGAUCAAGACCAUCGGCAGCACGUACAUGGCAGCGACGGGUCUGAGCGCCGUGCCCAGCCAGGAGCACGCCCAGGAGCCGGAGAGGCAGUACGUGCACAUCGGCACCAUGGUGGAGUUCGCCUUUGCCCUGGUGGCCAAACUGGACGCCAUCAACAAGCACUCCUUCAACGACUUCAAGUUGCGAGUGGGUAUUAACCAUGGACCUGUAAUAGCUGGUGUCAUUGGCGCUCAGAAGCCGCAAUAUGACAUCUGGGGCAACACCGUAAACGUGGCCAGCAGGAUGGACAGCACCGGCGUCCUGGACAAAAUACAGGUCACCGAGGAGACCAGCCUCGUCCUGCAGACCCUGGGGUACACGUGCACGUGCCGAGGAAUCAUCAACGUGAAAGGAAAGGGGGAGCUGAAGACGUACUUUGUGAACACAGAGAUGUCAAGGUCCCUUUCCCAGAGCAACCUGGCAUCCUGAAGCGUCGCCUUCACUUUGGCAAGAAGACUGUAUUUUCAGGAAGCUACAAUGCACUUUCUGACUGCGAGUCUGUCCCUCGUUUGUGAUGUGCGUGCUCUGUUCUGUCCUCUGGAGCCUUUGCAGACUCCUCCCUGUCACCCGGUGGCGUACCGUUCGGUGUCUGAUGUGUGCCAAGGUCUCUCUGCCACUUGCACUGUGCUUAUUCCUAAGCAAGAGGGAAAGGAGUGUGCUUUCGGGGAGAAAAGCAUUCAGAGAACUGAGACGAGAGGUGAAGCAAACACAAAUUCUUAAGGCAAUAAAACUAGGGGGUGUAUAUUAUCUUCCGGUGCAUGUUCUUUUCUGGAAAAUACGGUAGCUCGCCAACUGCAUCUGCUAGUCUGAUACUGAAACACACAGUAUUUGUGAAUAAGUUGAUUCUGUCGCCCCACCUGGAAUCCGUGUUCAGCCACGUGUCUCACUGCAGGGGCUGUCCACGGGCCCCGCUGGGAUCCGUGGCCCCGUCUCCUUGCCCUGUCCUGUCUCCUGCCAACAGCACGUCGCCAUCCAUCACCAGAAUUAGUUCUUACAACCUAGGACUAGUUUUGUACCAAACGUGUCUGAUGUUUUGAUGCCAUUGUCUUUUGUAAGGUUAAUUCAUUAAAAGUUUUAUGUACUUUGCUGGAUAGUCUGUAUCUCCCCCCACCCCCGCCCCGUUCUGCUUUCUCCUGCAGUUUGCUCCAGAAUUGAGUCGGUUUUCUGUUUACUCUUCUGUGUGGCCAUUUCUCGCAGAAGGACCCCUCCAGAAGCAAAGACUGAGAAAUCCUUGAGUAAUUCAGAUCAGGACGAAGUUUGUGAUGCCGGUAACUGAUCAGGCAGCUCCCUGGAAAGAAAGACGGCGUGUUUCAACGUGUCACGUGGUCUG